UGUUUAUAUUUUUGUGAAUAUUAUUUUAUAUAAAAAUACAUUUUGAUAAUAAAUUAAAAAACUUCCGAAGUAGUUGAAAAAAUUACUAUGUUACCAACAUUCUAAUGAUAAACCACCAGGCCACCACCAGAAUUGAUUGACAGCCGUUUUGCAAAAAGUUGAAAUACAAAUCAUGGCUCAUUAAAAAUUGUGAAUAAACAAAAUAGUUAUGCAAGAAACAAAGCGAAGAAAAUCAUCUACUAAUCUUCAAAUGAUGAAUUAUCCACAUCCGUGUUGUACAACAAGCCCUUUUUUUCCAUCCCUACAACCGAUUGGCUCGACUACCCCACAUCAACUUCAACCCCCGCAAAACAAUAUCAAAGACUACCCAAAAGUGAAAGAUGAAAUAGUAUUUAAUAAUUAUACAUGCGAAUUUUGUUUACGUGUUUUUGUUGAUAUCACAGACUUUAGUAAACAUCGUAAAACCCAUGCACUAUCGUAUAAAUAUCGAUGUGAUAAAUGUGAGAGUCAUUUUCAAACGGAGAUCGGUUUGAAGAAUCAUCUUAAAACACAUCUUAAUAAUCGUCCUUUUACAUGUCAAGUGUGUAACACAACAUUUAAAACACAAUCAGUGUUAAAUGUACAUUAUAGACGUCAUACAGGGGCACAGCCCUACGAAUGUACAAUAUGCGAUAAACGGUUCACACAAAAAAGUUCACUAAACACGCAUAUGCGUAUACAUAACGAGGAUAAACGUUUUACGUGUGAAUAUUGUAAUAAAACAUGUACAACGCGUGGUAAUUUAAAAAUACAUUUACGCACACAUAAUGGGGAAAAACCAUAUGAAUGUCAACAUUGUAGCAAACGAUUUAAUCAACGGAGUACUCUAACAACACAUAUGUAUACACAUGCGGAAUGUAAACCGUUUGGAUGUUCAUUUUGUACACGUAAUUUUACAACGCGUGCGAAUUUAAAACAUCAUGUUAAAAAAGUUCAUCCUGAUGCUAAUAAAGUAGGGUGGGAAUUAAAGGCGUUAUAAUCAGUGUAGGAAAAAGUAUUGGUAUUGGAUUCUAAAAACUGUGUGCCUGGCUGAUUUUAAUCUUGCAAUAUUUAUUGUAAUUUUAACAAAUGUGUGUGUUUAGUUUCAGGUAAUGUAAAAAAAAAACACAAGCAAUUGAGAAUCAGUUUUGUUUAUUUAAGACUUUUAAGAAGUUAAAAUAAAAAAAUAAAACUUUAGUGAAUUAAGUAUUUUAAUGUGUAAUAACCAAUCGGAACAGAAAAUAGGACACAAAAUUUGAUUUGCCCUCAUAUAAAAUGAAUAUACCAUAUAAAAAUUGCCUUAUUUUUUGAAAAAUAUAUGUUGCUCGAUCAUAAUUCUAAACAGUUCAUUGUACAUUUCAUAACAAAUGCCAUGAGCUACAGUUGGUUGCUUUUACACAAGCUUCAGCCUAAGACUUAAAGUCUAUAUAAAUUAAAUGAAAAUAUUUCCACCAUAAAACUACAGAAUGCUUAUGAGGCGCAAUAUUAAUUAGUAGAGAACUUUACUCUUUGCCCUUAUUCUUGUUACGUAAAUUUCCGCCAUCUUACAAGUUUUAUUUGUUGAAUUUUUUUAAAUAAGUAUGCUAAAAGAAUUAUAGAAAAUUGAAAAAAUUAGAUAAAAUUGUGUGCCACCAAAUUUUAUAUUAGCGAUUUUUCACAUUUAUUAUUGUUCUAUACUCUACUAAUUUUGGAGGUGCUAAUUUAUUUAUUUACUAUUUAUAGAACAAAAGGUGUGAAAGAAUAUUUUGAAAAUUUAUGCGGGUGGUGUCUACCGAAUUUAUUCGCUUUUGAAACAAACAAAAAAUGUUACAAAAAUUUUUAUUGCAUCUAUAAAGGAAAGUAAUUUUGUAAGAUAUGUUUCAAAAACCGACUGAAUCCGAUAUAAAUCGACUAUAUGUAAAAUACAUAUCCAGCUGUUGGAGUAAAUAGAUUGCUCCGAAAUAAACAAACGACAUAAAAUUUAUAUGUAACGCAUUUUUGAUAUAAUUUAAUUUCUAAUAUCCCUACAACAAGUUCCAUUUUCUGUACCGAUUUGUGUAAUCAAAAAUAUUUAAAUUUUGUAUUUUGUUUUAUAUUAAAGGAAAUUAAUAAAAAUAUAUACUCAUUAUUGUAUCUCUCAAAAUAACACAAUUAUAUAUUUAUCAUAAAUAAAUGAAAACAUAGACGUUUGAUAAA